CGCCUACGCGCACGUUGUGCUUUUGUGGUAUUCUGGUUUUGCACUCCUCCUGAAAAGCUCAUUUCCCUUCAGACAACUCUCUCAUAGUCACGUACUUUCUGCAACCAACAAAAACCAGCCGCAGACGACAGAACAACUUGAAGUUUCUAAACUGCUUUACGCAUUAUAUCUUUGGAAUCCAUAGCAUCAAGACGAGAGUCAGCUAGCGCUCUGUAUUUGUUUGAAGUGGCAUCGUUUGUACCUUUUUGACAAAGAUACUUUGCUUCGUCAUAACGAUAAAUAAUUUUUAGAAAAAUCAACUACUAACUCCAUCGACUUCUUAGUCUAGAACGCUUUGUCUGCUCCUCGCCAAUUAAAAAAAAUAUAUAAAUAAGAGCUCCAUUCAUGUCGGGAACAUCGCUGUUUUCAGCAAGAGAUCUACAUAUUUUGUUAUUGUAAUUGUUAAAUUGUAUUAUAUCAGGAUUCCUUUGUUAAAAUUUAUUGAACACUUACACUAGUUUGCAGCAAUGGAUUUGUACGCGAGUCUCUGCUCCAGUUUACUAUUCCUUGUCAGUCUCAUGUCAGUUGCCGAAUGCUACAGAAUGCCUUUAGUUGGUAGAACCCGCCCACAACAGCAGUGUCCAAUCAACAACGACCUUACCUUCCAGCACUGCAUGUCAGCCUGCCAAUCACACACGUGUGAAGACGUCAUCAACGAACCUCCUUCUGGCUCGUGGCCUUGUAUCCGAAUGUGUGUGAGCGGGUGGGCGUGUCCCCGUGGCCAGGUGCGAUUGGAUGGCUACACGGACGUGUGCACAGCGAGGGACAUGUGCACAACCAAUGAGACGAGCUGUAACCAUAACAACGAAGUAGUUCGGGUCAACACCAAUUUCUUCGACGGUGACAUGACAUGUCGAUGCUUCGUCGACGGGAUCGUACGAUGUCGAAACGCUUUUCCAACAGAAUGAAGAAAUGUAUUAAACCGAUCAAUACCUCCCGAUUAUAGCACCAGUCCGACAUCGAUCAGCAUCUUAAGACGACGUAUAUGAUAUCGACAAUGAUGAGGGCGUCGGACGUCGCGGGUGCGGUCGUACACUUUGUCCGCUUCGGAAAUGGUUGUAACCUAGCUUGAUCGAUGACCACGUCGGCCCAUUUCAGCGUCUUACCAUCAAUUUACACAAGAGCUGCACGGUGUUGAUCUGAGGCGAAAACUAAUCAAGUUGUGCCAUCAUUAAUUAACCGCGAUGUUAUUAUAUUAGUGAAAGAACUUGAAU